AUUUUUUUUCCUUACUAGUCCAAAACAAAAUAAAAGGGCUUUUAUUGAAAUCCAAGUAUCCAAGAGUGCGAUUGCAAAGGAAGAGGAGAAGAAGGAAGAAGAAGAAGAAGAAAAUGGAAGGAGAAGAAGGAGGAGGGAUAAGGCUGAGCAAGAGAUUCAAUGACAAGAAUGGUAGUGAGGUUGAUUACAAAACCAAAGCUGGUACUGCUUGGAGCCAUUCCUAUCUCAACCAGAAGCCUUGGCAUCCCCUGUCCUAUCCUAACCAACGCCGCAAGUGGAUCGCCGAACAGACCCAUGCCCAGCGCGAACGUCGCGCCGAAGAAGUUGCCCGCGAGUAUGCUCAAGAGCAGGAAUUCUUUCGCCAGACAGCUCUUAUUUCCAAGAAAGAGAAGGAAAAGAUAGAGAUGAUGAAAGCUGUUAGCUUCAUGUAUGUUCGUCCACCUGGUUAUAAUGCUGAAAGUGCCAAGGCUGCAGAGAUUGCUGAUGAGAGGAAAAGAGAUGAACAGGAUAAUCCUUCUCAGCACCCACAUGCUGAGGGAGCCUCCUCUACAAUGCUUCUAGAAUCAAUUCCUAGCAGAGAUCCCUUGGGAGAAGAAAAGAAGAAACCAAGGCCUAAAGAUGUUUUUGGUCGUCCGGUUCCAACUGAAGAAGAGUUUGAAGUCCUCAAAAAUGCUCCUCGGAUGGAGACAGGUGUUCCUGCAAGGGUGAAGCCAUUUGGUAUUGAAGUACGCAAUGUGAAAUGUAUAAGAUGUGGCAAUUAUGGUCACCAAAGUGGUGAUCGUGAAUGUCCAUUGAAAGAUGCUAUAAUGCCUAAUGAAGAGAGUCGAUUAAAAAGAGAUGAUCCCUUGACUGCCAUCAUGGCUCACAUGGAUCCUGCUGAGCCAUUAAAGUGGGAGUUGAAGCAAAAACCAGGAAUGAGUCCUCCUCGUGGCGGUUUCAAUCUAGAUGAUCCCAAUCAGCAAAUUGUUGCUGAGGAUAUAUUUGAUGAAUAUGGAGGGUUUCUCAGUGGUGAUAUCCCAGAGUUGCUGACCAACUUUUCCCCAAAGAAAUCUAGAAAGAAGUCAAAAAAGUGUAAACACAAGAGGGAUUCAUCACCAAGUAGAGAAUUUAGGGCUCCUGAAGAAAGUGGGUUGCCUUCACCUUCUGAUGAUAGAGAGAGGAGAUCAAAGAAGUCCAAGAAGAAGCUGAACCAUACUGAAUCACCUUCAUUUGAUGAUUUGAACUUUGAUGGGCAUUCCAAGAAGAGCAGACAAAAACAUUCUAAUUCAUCUAAAAAUUCUGAUGGGGACAGGCAUAAGAGGAGUAAAAGGAGCAGUUAUAAACAUUCUUAUUCUUCUGAUUCUGAUGGCCGCGACAGGCAUCAUAGAAGUAAAAAGAGCACGCAAAAGCAUUCUAAUUUGUCUGAAGAAUCUGAUUCUGAUGAGCAUCACAGAAGUAAGAACCCAAAGAUGAAGCAUCAAUCUUCAUUUGAACAUUCUCCCCUUGAUAGGCAUCACAAAAUUGAAAAGAAGCAGAGGCAAUCUUACCAACAUUCAUAUGAUAAUUUUGAUUUUGAUGGUCAUCACAAAGGUAAACACCGUCCUCACAAUCGUCAUCAUCAUUAAUCUCGUUUUUCGUCAAAUCGAGUUUGCAGGUGUCUUACCUUUCCAUUGAAAGUACAGGAAGAGCAAACUUUAAAGAAGCCUGUAGUCCACAUCUUGUGAAGUUAUUCUAAUGUAUCAGAAUGCUCAAUGUCAAUGCUUUGUUUUGUACAAUUAGGUUCACUUUUGUCAAUCUGUAUCAUAUGGUGGUUAGGAGCAUUCAAAUUAAGGAGCAUCAUAUUUAGUCGAGUCAAUACAAUGUAAUAAAUAGAAUCUUUGUCCCGCUAGGGAAGUCUAUUAAGCUUAAAUACCCACAAUAUUACAGUAUUGAUCACU